AUGCCAAAGACCCGGGCUCGAACUAAACGGCAGCGGAUCUGCCCCUGGUGUUUCUUGUCAUUUUCGAAAGAAGAGCAUCUUUCGCGGCACAUCCGCUCGCACACCAAAGAAAAGCCUUUCAAUUGCUCUUCCUGUGGGAAGUCUUUCUCUCGCCAUGACUCCCUUCUACGACACAUGAGAGCGCAUGAUGCAUCAAACCAAGAAGAGGAGACAUUCGGACCAGCAAUGCCCUCUCUAGAUACACCAACAGUCACCGACCAUAGCAGUGUUCCCUCAGCUUCUUUAGAGCCUCAUAGUGAUGAAUUCUCACAAUUUCAUACUCAUGGUACAACGUCAACCAAUCUAUUGCCGCCAGGUCAUCACGACUCGUCCUCCCACUCGCAGACCGGUUUAAUGAUACCUAAUGGGCUUUUUGACCAUGUUGAGGACAGUAGUCUAGAUUUUGAUCGCUUUUUACAGGCCCCUGUCUGGCUAGCCGACGAGGAUUUUGAUCUCAAUGCUUUGAAUUCGUCCGUUAUGGAAAGCGCUCUAGGACUUUUCUCUCCCGCCCAUACCGCAAACGAGAGCAAUGCCGAUAUAACACUUCAGAUACCGAUGGAGGCUUCCCAUGGGCAUAAGGAAGACCAAGUACGCCAGUAUUGGUUCAAUUAUGUCGGAACACAUAGCAAUGGAUAUGUGACUCCUGAAACUGCCACAGAUCAUGUGGAGCUUGACGAAAAAUACCGGCAAAAUCUAUCUCAACGGCUUCAGCAGCGGGUUCCAACCGAGCCAUUGCCAUCAACCGAGUUCUUAAAUCUUUGCAUCCAGUUGUUCUUCACUCGUUUUAACCCGGUCUUUCCAAUUGUGCAUGCUCCUACAUUUCGACCGUCGGCUAAAAGCUCUCUCCUUCUUUUGUCAAUAUGCUCCAUUGGCAGCCUUUUUGUUGGUUCAAAUUAUGCAGUGACCCAAGGGUCAAUAAUAUUCGAAAGACUCAACAAAGCCAUCCUGUCAUCAUGGGAGAAGUAUCUACUGAGCGGUAAAGCGGAGGCACUCGCAAUGACCCAGGCGUCUCUCAUUGGACAAACCUUUGCGUUGCUAUCAGGGAAACCGAGAGAUCUCCUUACCCUUCAGACCUUCCAUGGCACAGUAACAACGGUGAGUAAUCAAAUGGAUUAUUUGAAGCCUAAGCUCACGUUAAAUAAGUGGGCACGCCUGUAUAAAAUGUUCGAGGCCAAGAGAACAACCGACCACUUGAGCACAUUCCUGGAUACGCGGACCCCAGAGGAAGCAUGGAGGACAUGGGUCCAAGCUGAAGAACGGAGCCGGGUCGCAGCGGGUCUUCAUAUUCUUGACACCGAGAUAUCCGAGCUUGUUUUAACGCACCCUCUUAUGCGACACGAUAAGUCACUACUUCCUUUGACUGCACGCCACGAGCUCUGGGUAGCUCCAAAUGCGACCCAAUGGAGGGAUAUUAUGAUCCGCAGAGCUCCCCCUGAAGUCUCAAGCGGAAAUAUCCAACUCGACUUUGACUCCACUGAUGGCUUUCAUAGUUAUACGGAGCUGGAAGGCAUCAAUGCUCGAUUAAUGGAGCAGAAAUUUAUGAGUACUGCUUCUAAUCAGGAGCUUGUCGAACAGUUUGAGCCUCAACUAAUCCACUUCCUCGACCGACAUUUUCGCUCUAAGCCCGAAGGCAAUUUUGACCCAUUUUGUCUGGAAGUUUUAUGGCAUUCGGUGUUUAUAUCGCUUUUAGUGGAUAUUUCUCGGUUGGAGCUAGCAAUUGGGAGAGAAGGAUAUGAGGAAUCACUUCUCCAUCGCGAUUAUGUGCACACGUGGUCUUCUUCUCAAGAAGCUCGCCGUUGUGCUCUACAUGGAGCAUUAAUUCUUCGAAAACUGCAAAACAUGCCACUAGGGGUGGAACCAGCAAUCCAUGUGCCCAGGGCACUUUAUCGGGCAGCGAGCGUUUGGUACGUGUAUACCGAAUUCGGAGGGGAUCAAGACACUAGCUUCCCGGAAAUUUCUCCUAGACCCGACAUAAAUUUCCCAGAGAUGUCUUUCUUGAAACUCAAUAGCGAGGUGUUACUUUUUGAAGCCAACGGCUAUCGAACGACUAAGCCGAAAACAUCAGAAUCGAGCACAUUGUGUGGAUUGGUGGACCUGCUGCAUCGAAUUGGCCACUGGGGAUUAUCAAGGAAAUUCGCGGAGCAGUUGAGCAUCUUGCUGAAAGAGAAAGAUAGUUAA